CCUGAAGCAUAACCAAUUAGAUCUCGGCUCUCAGGAAGACACGCGCUGCAACUGUGUCAGAUCUGCAUGUGUCCAGAUCAAAUAAACACAUGACUAUCGAGGUGUCGGUUUUGUACUUUGCAAAAAGUGCCGAAUUAACGGGGCUUAAAUCGGAGAUCAUUACGGUUUCGUCACACAUAACAUCUCUACAACUGUGGCAGCAUUUGGAGAAGAAACAUCAAAGACUCUCUGUUUUACGGGGUCAAGUUGUACUGGCAGUGCGUCAGGAGUACGUGCCUUUGAGUGAGGAGCCAUUGACCCUCCGAGAGGGAGACGAGGUGGCCAUUAUACCGCCUCUCAGUGGAGGAUAAAGAAAUUACAA